CUAUCCCCUUUCAUCCUCUUAGCCCUCUACACCAUAGCCCAACACCUCCUCAACCGGCCCAAUAACCUCCCCCCAAGCCCAGGCCCAGCCCUCCCCUUCGUGGGCCACGCCUAUUUGCUCCGGCGGCCCUUCCACCGGAGCCUCUCCAAACUUGCUAGGCGCUACGGCCCGGCCCUCUUCCUCCGCCUUGGAGCCCGGCCCGUUCUCCUCAUCUCUUCCCCCUCUCUAGCCGAAGAAUGCCUAACCAAGAAAAACGACGUGAUUUUCGCCAAUCGGCCGGAUUUCCUAAACGGGAAGUAUUUCGGGUACAACUACACGAGCCUCUCUUGGUCGUCCUACGGCGAGCAUUGGAGGAACUUGAGGAGGAUCUCUUCACUCGAGCUACUUUCUUCGCAUAGGGUUAAUGGGCUGGCCCAUAUUCGGGCCCACGAGACUCUAAGCCUCGUCCGGAAGCUCUUCCACAUCACUAUGAACGAGCCCGGACGAGUCUUGGAGGUCAAGUCGACCCUUUUCGAGUUCAUGUUCAAUGUCAUGACUAGGAUGAUCACGGGCAAAAGGUACUAUGGGAAGGACGUGGAGAACUCGAAAGAGGCGAAGUUGUUUGAGGAGAUAGCUAGGGACACGUCUAGAAUGGCUUUCGAGACUAAUUUGGUCGAUUUUUUGCCGUUUAUGAAGUGGUUCGGGUUCAAAGAUGUGGUGAGCAAGAUGAUUACCAUACAAGAAAAGAGGGACCGAUUCAUGCAGAAAGUUAUAGACGACAACCGGAAAAUAUCGCCGGAAAAUGAUUGUUCGCAGGAUGUCGGGAGGAAGAAAACGGUGGUCGAGGUUUUGCUCGACUUACAAACAUCUGAACCUGCAUACUACACAGAUGAAACCAUCAAAAGUCUCCUCUUGGUCUUACUCCAAGGAGGAUCAUCAACAUCAACCAUCGCCCUCGAAUGGGCCUUCACCCUUCUGCUCGAAAACCCAGAAACCCUCAUAAAGGCCCAAUCCGAAAUCGACGCCCACGUGGGCCACGGCCGCCUCAUCUCCGAAUCCGACGUGGCGGCGCUGCCGUACCUCCGCCACGUCGUCCUCGAAACGCUCCGCCUCCACCCGCCGGUGUCGAUGCUGAUGCCCCACCGCUCCUCAGCCGAGUGCGCCGUCGGCAGGCACAGGGUUCCGGCGGGGACCAUCCUGUUGGUCAACAUAUGGGAGAUCCACCACAGCCCAAAUGUGUGGGCCGACCCGGAGAGGUUCAGGCCCGAGAGGUUCGAGCCGUUAGACGGGAAGAAAGAGUUAGGCUUCAAGUUUUUCCCGUUUGGGUCGGGGAGGCGGGCCUGCCCAGGUGAGAAUUUGGGCCUUUUAACACUUGGGCUGGGGCUGGGCUCGUUGAUCCAGUGCUUCAAUUGGGAAAAGGUUGGGGAGAUUGAUAUGAGUGAAGGGGCAGGGACCACGACGCCCAAGGUCCAACCUUUGAUGGCUAAGUGUAGCCCACGUCCGUUUAUAACUAAUUUUCUGUCUUGAUUUUGAUUUUUUUUUCAUAUUAUAUUGUUGUGAGGUAAAAAUGGAAUAUUUUGGUGACAAUUUUUUUUUUAAAUAUUAUAAUAUUAAUUUAAUAGCCAAUGGGAGGGUUGUAACAUAAACAAAAAAAAUUCGGUUUGAUUCGGGAUUCGAAUUCAGUGUUCGUGAAAUUCAAAUUCGAAUUUGAAUAAGAAUAAGUAGUAUUUUGUGGUCGAGAUUAUCAAAAUCUGAUUAUACACAUACUUGAUUUGAAAUUCAAAUAUUCGAUCGGUUAAUAAUAAUUAUAUAAAAUAUAAAUCUAUAUAUGUAAUAUAUAUAUGUUUACAGAUAAGGCGUUCGUGGUUGGCCGCAAUUUUUGGGUCUGGAGUUCGGUUUGCAGCUCUGUUGGGAUUCGGUGUUGUGGGGUGUGGCUCGUGCGUCCGUUUGGGUAGUCGUGCGGUUAGCCUGCUAGGUGUAGGGAGGUCUUAUUUUAUUUAUUUAUUAGGUGUGUGUUGGUUUUGUUUUUCUUU